CGCAGAGGCAGAGCCGGACCGUGUUGUUCGGUGCAACGCGGCCUACAGCGUGCGAGCAGCGGCUGCUACCGCUAGCACGGUGCGCGCGGCUGCAUCUACAGCACCGGGCUGUGCUCGCGCGGAUUAAAAAAAAAAGAAGCUACAAAUUGCCUGUAGGACAUAUAUGAAAUAACUAUAUCUCCCAGAAACACCACAUGUGUUUUAAUAUCAGUGUGUUUAGUCGUCUAAGACAACGUCGGCUAUAAUAAUAACUGGUAGUAAAGUUGAAAAAAAACAGUCAAAUACUCACAUGGAAGACCCAGCUCCAUACUAAUGAUUCUCCAAGCAUUUGUCCGACUUUCCGUGCAGCGGUAAUUCGGCAAAGUGACAUUAAACAGCUCUGGGUGAUUACAUACAGCCAAUAUUAACUUUUCGUCCAUUUUGCCCUAGUGCUGUGCCUGUGCGCGGACGCGGAAGCGGCAGUCUUCUCCCGCCUUUUCCGCCCAGCUGCUGCGCCAACGCGAGUUAUCGCGAGUGGCGGGCUGCCUGCCGCGCUGGUCGCUCUGCCGUUCGACGGUGGGCAUUGUAGUCUUUUGUCACAGGGGGGCGCACGACUCUGCAUUGGCUUCAUUACUGCCCUUUGUUACUAUAUCAUUUCAGCUUUUGGAGGCAGCCCCCUGUGGUCCCAACAUAAUUCUCUGUGGUCAGCAUGAGUAGUACCGAAAAAUAAGUUUUUUUGUUGUUGAAACCUAUGCAUAAUCCUGGUCUCUUCUAAAUGGCAACUGUGUAAUAUCAAAAGGUUUAUAAUUAUCUGUUGUAGCCUACACACUGCUUUCAAAAAAUAUAUUGGGAUUUAAAAAUAGUUUACAGACAGAAUCGUAAAGCUUUGUGCUUUCAAGUGAUGUAAGCUUAUUUGUGUCAUAGUUCAACUGGAUGCAAUCUAAAAUUAUUCAACAUAUAUUUGUAUGUAUUAAAAGAAGAAAAAAAACUACAAAAUACAUUAUAAAACAUACAUUCUCAGGAGUAAAUGCAGUAUACUACAAUACUUUAAAUUUCCGUCAUAUAGCCUACUUAAACAAAAACAAAACUUAUGGUCUGAGUUCAACACCACCUUAGUUCAUAGAGCCUGCAAGCCUUGCAGACUCUAUGAGCUAUCUGGUGUGUAACUUGUCUGUCUUCAACAUUACCUUGCAAGGUAAUGCUGAAGACAGACAAGUUACACACCAGAUCACAGAGCUCAUUUUCAGAUUCUAGUGAAAAUAGAUGAGAAAAAAAGAAAUAUAAUUAAAGUAUUUGUAUUUCCACAGUUGUUAGUUGUGGAGUUUUUGCAACCACAUGUUGGUUUUCUUGAUUCCUCCCAAGUCAGUAUCACACAAGCCACCCUGGGGGAAAAAACACAGAAAGAUGGAUGGACGAAUCAGGAUGGAGAGACACAAGUUACCUUUCACUAUUGACAACAUACUGAGCAAAUAUCCAAACAGCAAUGUAGACAGACGGUCAUGUGGAACAAGUGGUGCUGGACUAAAAGAGAAGGCAGUGUGUCCUGCUGGAGGCCAGACUGAGGCUGUCCAUCAUGCCUGCCUGUGCUGCUGCUACUGCUCCCACUGUGGAGACAUAUACCAGACCGAUUUCAUUCAUGAAGAUCUCCCUGCAGCCUGUCAGUACGGAUGGCCCCCAGCGAUGCUCACAGACGCAUGCAGGCUAGGAGACGCUCACAGGGAAGAACAGUCAACCGGUCAGGUGCAGAGGCGAACCAGACGUCACCGCACUAUUUUUACAGAGGAGCAGCUGGACGCGCUGGAGGAGCUGUUCCUGCAGAACCAGUAUCCAGAUGUGACCAUGAGGGAGAAACUAGCACAGCACACUCACUUAAGGGAAGAAAGAGUAGAGGUUUGGUUUAAAAACCGAAGAGCCAAGUGGAGGCGUCAGAAAAGAUUAUCAUUUGGUGUUGGAAGCACAGAAAAUUAAAUUUUGUAUUGUAUAUAUGGACUGCAUCAUCAUGUGUGAGCUUCAUAAAUACUUUUGUUUUCAAAUAUUAUUGUUAUUAAAUAUAAUUGCUGGACAAAAUCCUUUUUAUUUUUCAGAAAGAAAGUCAAACUUUUUGUCAGUCAAACCCUGUGUUAAUAAUUUCCCUGUAUUUGAACAUCUCAAAAACUAAUUCAUGCAGUUUUGUGUGUCGGAAGACAAUGUGACAUUUAACCGGCCUUUUUGGCAACUUCCCACUCGGAGAUCUUCACAUCAUGUCUGGGGGCUCAGAAGAUUAUUAGCGGGGUCUUCUGGGUUGGAAGCAUAGUAUUUAUUUUGUAUGUGGGCAGAUAACAGGGAUCAGGGUGAAACCUCUGUGUCUUGCUUGAUAAAAACAGAAUCUGUUAUUAUUAUUGUUAAUUUAUUAAAUGUAUGUUCAUUAAAAUAUAACCACAUACUCCUUUACAAAGGGCAAUGUCAGUACUGCAUUCUUAAGUGACCUGACCUAAAACACUUUCUACAAAAAUAUGAUUACACUUAAGAACACAACUUUUUAUCUUUAAGUUAUACUUUACUUACUUAUUUCAGACACAUAGGUCCAUAUCAGUAUACAAAUAAUAAAAAAGUAAACUAGACAACAACACAGAGAGAUACCUUAGUUAUUGCACAUACAGGCAUUUGUUCCAAUGUUUCCAAAAACAAGAGGAGUACCUUGUGUCACUUUGUGUGGGCUCCGAUAA